AUGUGCUUAACUGCCCACUUUAUUGACCAAGAUUGGAAUUUGAGAAAGAAGAUCAUCAAUUUUGGGGAACUUAAAGGUCAUAAAGGUGUAGAUAUUGCUGAUGGCAUUGUUGCUUGUUUGGAUGAUUGGGGGAUUUACAAGGUCUUCACAAUAACUGUUGAUAAUGCUAGCUCUAAUGACACAGCUGUAGCCAAAUUGAAGGAAGUUUUUAAUACUAGAGGGACUAGUAUUUGUGAUAAUUCAUUCCUUCACAUGAGAUGUGUGGCUCACAUUUUAAAUUUGGUUGUGUCUGAUGGGCUUGGAGAUAUUUCCCUAUCGGUGAAGAGAAUUAGAGAAGAUGUGAGGUUUAUUAGAAACUCACCAGAAAGGUUGAAAAAAUUUAAUGAGUUUGCCAAAGUUCAAAAAGUAGAAGGCAAACGUGGCUUGUGUCUUGAUGUUCCUACUAGAUGGAACUCGACAUUCUUGAUGUUGCAGGCUGUUGAGAGGUUUGAAAAUGUGUUUAAGAUGUUUGACAUGUAUGAUGAUAAUUUUCGAAAGGACUUGGAAAGAAGGAAGGAUAGACAUGGCAUAAUUGGGGUCCCAGAGAAAGAUGAUUGGGAGAAUGCAAGGAGGAUGAUGCGAUUUCUUGGUAAGUUUUAUGACUUCACUUUGAAGAUCACGGGCUCAAGGUAUACCACUUCUAACUUGUUCUUACAAGAGGUGCAUUCCUUAUAUCAUUUGAUACACAAGUGGGAGACUGAAGUUGAGAAAGAUUAUGACUUGAGUGUCAUGGCUAGCAAGAUGAAAAUAAAGUACGAGAAGUAUUGGGGAGAUGUGGAUAAAAUGAACAAGCUACUUUACAUCUCCACUGUUAUUGAUCCGAAUUACAAGUUGGGUUUUGUUGACUAUGCUUUGAAAAGGGUGUAUCCUGAGGAUGGUAAGGGAGGACGUAUGGCGGAAGAUGUGAAUAAGGCUACAUUUGCUCUAUUUGCUCACUAUGAACAGCUUUGA